AUGGGUGUAAAGGUCGCAAUACCGCGCAUAUCGACUUCUGGACCCGCGAUGCAACGCCGCCGUCGAGCGCCUCGAGCCUGUGAGCAAUGCAGGCAGCGAAAGAUCAAAUGCACUGCGGAAACCCCAUCCUGCAGGCAGUGUCUGGAUCUGAAUCUCCACUGUGCGUAUUCAGAAGGGAAAAGGGUGCGGGAGCAGAGACAACUCGAGUCACUUACUCGCAAGGUCGAACAAUAUGAGAGAUUCAUGCGCGAAAUAUCAGAGGAGGUAGACGAUCAUGUCGCAAGGCGGAUACGAAGAGUCUUGAAGGGAGGGGAGGAGAGCGACCCGGAGGAUUCGGACACCUCAUCUUCCUCUCUCGGUUCCCUCAACGCGGUUGAUAUCGUGGAAGAGGAUCUGAACCGAAGCGCAAAUACAAGAGCUACGGGGUUUAUGGGCAAGAACUCUGAGGUCACAUGGAUGAAGAGACUUGAAGCAGAAGCUGAUAAGCAUGACAACGACCCAGCGACGGGGGCACAAGGUCACGAUCUCCCCAAGGAUCAGAAUCGGCAUAUUCACCAGGAACUGCCAACUAGUGACGAAAGGUAUUCGAUCACCAAUAUGAACUAUCAUCUGGAUGAUCUCGCUAUCGCGAGUAAUGAGGACGUGGACCCAUACGCUCUGCCGCCGAAAAAAGCGGCCGACAAGCUGUUCUAUACGUAUCUCGAAUACGUAUAUCCUUCAUUUCCAAUGAUUCGAAAGAGGACAUUCAUUUGUCAAUAUCAACACUUCUUCAAACAUCCCGAGUCGAAGCCUGGGGCCAAAUGGCUAGCCAUCUUGAACAUGAUAUUCGCCAUUGGUUUCAGGUAUUUCGAGCUGUCAGAGGGAACGCUGGGGGGAGAUACAGUGUAUCUACAAAGAGCCAGGAAGUUGGCUCUGAGUGAUAAUGUGCUCUUCACUCAUGCUGAUCUGCAAAUGGUUCAGGUUGAGGCAUUGACUGCUCUUUAUCUGUUGGCGUCUGGUCAAGUCAACAGAGCCUGGAAUAUAGCCGGUCUGGCGAUCCGUUCUGCUAUAGCGCUCGGGAUAAACCUUCGAAACGUCGAUGGAAAAACCACAGACGAGUCCAAACAGGCUCGUUCGUGUUUAUGGUGGUCUCUGUAUUGCCUCGAACACCUUCUUGCUGUCAGUACAGGGCGAGUGUCCUGUAUUAGCGACAGUGCCACCUCCACAGACCCUCCUCUCCCAUUCGAGGAGAACUCCGAUCAACAGCCAGACGCGCGUGGAAUCUAUAAAAAACUUUCCUAUCGUGAAUGCCAUCCUAAAGGCACGCUCUUCGAGGAUCGCGUCGAGGCUGCAAGCACUGCAGACUAUCUGAAUACCUUAAUCCCCAACCCAUCCUUAUACUUCUUCGUCCUAGUUGACUUAACGUUGGUGUCACAUGCGGUGCUCAACACAGUCUAUACCGUCAACGCAGUAAGAGAUGGGUGGUCCCAAACAGUUUCGCGGAUAAGCAGGUUCUCCUCGAAAUUGGAGGUUUGGCUUUCCAAGGUACCAGACGUCUAUAAGUUCCCUUUAGAAGGGCAGGACCAACAAUUUGAAAAGGAGGACUGGACAAAAGAACGCUUCAGCCUUGCUAUCAACUACUACAGCGCUAAAAUAACCCUAACUCGGCCAUGUCUUACGCAUCCAGAGUCGAGGGAACCGUCUCCUUCAUCCGACCGCAAGAACCAGCACACGAAGCUGGGCAAUGACAUGGCGCAGGUUUGUCUCGAUUCGGCUUUGUCACUUAUUCGCCUCUUGCCAGAAGAGCCUGACGUCGCUUGGCUCUUCCGGCUGUCUCCAUGGUGGUGUAUUCUACAUAAUAUCAUGCAGGCAACCGUCAUUAUCCUCAUCCAUCUAUCUGUCGACAAUAUGGACGACGCACCACUGCUCUCGACAGUCUUAGCAGCCGCCAAGAAGGCGCACCGCUGGCUCGUCCACAUGGCCAAUCGAAGUUUAUCAUACCAACGUGCCUUCGCCCUUUGCGACGGGUUCAUUCGACGAAUAGCUCCCAAAAGAGGGUUCGACAUAAGCGAUCUAUCCUCGCCUGCGUCAGUGGAACAACCAGAGCCAUCGGCCAAGAGACACAGAUCUCGCAAGCAGCCUUCUCCCUCUCAACGUCUGAAUCGACCGCAAAGCGACAUUGCCAUCCCUGCAGAAGAUAUCUUUCGUCCCGAAUGGGUUGACCUUCCUCCUUCUCAGCAGUCACCAUUCCACGCAAACCGUGUCCCACUAGUCGGUUUCCUGUCGUCUGACCUGGACAUGCCGCAAUGGUCAUUUCCCAUACCGGAACAAGCUUCUGUAUCAACAUCGGCAACAGCGCGGGGAAACGAAGCACUUAUGGACAUCGACUCUGUCAGUCCCGACUGGUUCUCGUACGGUCUUCCUCAGGAUGCCACUCUUUUAUCAUCGCUUGUCGCCCCGGAGCCAGAAGAGUUUGAGCCGCCAGAAUCUCUUGGGAAGAAACGUGCAUGA